CUGCAACCCAUCUGCGCUCCAGUGCUCGCUACAAGAACGAUAAUCCAAAAUGAAGUCCAUCCUCGUGGUUGUUUUAUUUCUUGGGACAGUGUUUUGUUUCCCGCUCGAUAUGUAUGUGGAAUAUGACAUCCACUACGCUCCUGCUGAGGCGGCAGCGGCCAUCCCUGCGGGGGUUCCUGCUGGCAGCCUGGAAGUGCUCCUGCCUUUGAACGCUCCUGCUGGUGCUCCUGUCCGUGGAUUCAUUAAACAGGACAUCCCACAGCCAAACGGCAAAGAUAAAGAGGUGUUCUAUCCAUUUGGAUUUGAUGCUCCGGCCCCAGUUGCAGCAGCCGCACCAGCCGCACCAGCUCCUGUCGCCCCUGUCGCCCCUGUCGCCCCUGUUGCCCCUGUCGCUCCCAUCGCACCCAUCGCCCCCAUUGCCCCCGUCGCACCGGCUGCUCCUGUUGUCGCAGUAGCCGCACCUGCCCCUGCUGCCCCAGUGGUUGUAGCUGCUCCUGCUGCAAAGAAAAGUGACGAAGAGGAGGAGGAAGAAGAAGAUUAAACCUGUAGCCUCAGAGCCAGGUCCACAAAGGGCAACUACCUACCACAAAUAAAGCUGACAGAAUUCUUGGACUAUUCCCACGUCUGGUGUUGAAACAUGGUGCUAUAUUUGAUGUGAAAAAGAUUUGUGCUUUGCAUCUCAAUUUGGGUGUAUUUGAUGUGUUGAUGUGUGUUUUUUUUCUACUGUUUUUCUACAAUGUUUCUAAUCUCACUGAGUUGCUGCUGCUUCAAAAUAAAGGCAAAGGCAUCCGUCAAGUGUGUGUUUUUGAUUG